AGGGAGAGUCAGAUUUAAAUCCUUUUUCGCCCCCAGGAGGUUCUUGAGCACUGCACAAGUUUACCCCACCCUCUUUCUUCUCAGCCACUUUGAAGUCAAGCACAUAGACUACAAACUGACGAGUAAAUGCAUUUAAAAAGUUACUUUACAUCCUUCCAUAACACUGGCUGUCCACUUGCCUUAAGUGUGCAGCAGCAGAGAGGCCCCUGCGAAGACUCGUCUAGCCGAGGAAAACGUUUUUCCUCACCCUGUUACGCAUGUUUUCCUAGGAGCGGCCCCCCUGGAACCCGCUCCAGGGGCGGGGGGCGGAGACUUGGUAUACUGACUCCUAGGGAUGUCAGUGUUGAGCCGACCCGGCUCUGACGACAGGAGGAGCGCGUCUGGGCAAGCACGGGUUUUCACUGGACUGGGCCGGCGGCCGUGAACUCUCCUUGCAUCACCAAGACGAAGACGCGGCGCCGAGGGCAGCAGCCGCGGGAGCGGGUCCUAGCAGAGGCCUCGGCCAUCCGCGCGGCCACCGACAGGUCCGCCUGCGCGGGGCCCGGCCCGGAACAGGUCCAAGGGGAGUUGCUGCAGCGACGAUUCGUGACAGCUCACAUCCGUACCCCACGACGAGGAGGCUCUUUAGAGCGUACCCCGGCUCUGGGCGGAGACCGACCCCUCGUCCCGCGAAGGCGGCCUCUGGUUUUCUGCCGCGUCACUUCAUCUCCCGGGCCUCGGUGGUGGCGGAACUACUGUGUCAGGGGUCGUGGUUUUCUGGGAGACUACGUGGUCGGAUUGACAGGCGGGCCGGAGUAGGCGGGACUUCCGGCCCGCUGUUCCGUCAGCUGCCUUCCUCGGGCGUCUCCCCGCAACCUCCUAACUUCCCUUGUCCGUGACGCGCACUCGGGAGCAAGCCGACGGGACAGGGGCCGGGAGCACGAGCUGCAGUUAAAAGAAGAUGGACGCACACAGUUCUGCCAGAGUCAAUGCGAGGAAGAGGAGGAAAGAAGCACCCGGACCCAACGGGGCCACGGAGGAAGAUGGGAUUCCUUCAAAGGUGCAGCGCUGUGCUGUGGGAUUGCGUCAGCCAGCUCCUUUUUCUGAUGAAAUUGAAGUUGACUUUAGUAAGCCCUAUGUCAGGGUAACCAUGGAAGAAGCCAGCAGAGGAACUCCUUGUGAGCGGCCUGUGAGAGUUUAUGCAGAUGGGAUAUUUGACUUAUUUCACUCUGGUCAUGCCCGGGCUCUGAUGCAAGCAAAGAACCUUUUCCCUAACACAUACCUCAUUGUGGGAGUCUGCAGUGACGAGCUAACGCACAACUUCAAAGGCUUCACGGUGAUGAAUGAAAACGAGCGCUAUGAUGCAGUGCAGCACUGCCGCUACGUGGAUGAGGUGGUGAGGAACGCCCCCUGGACCCUGACACCUGAGUUCCUGGCAGAACACCGGAUUGACUUUGUAGCCCACGAUGAUAUUCCGUACUCCUCUGCUGGGAGCGAUGACGUUUAUAAACACAUCAAGGAAGCAGGCAUGUUUGCUCCAACACAGAGGACAGAAGGAAUCUCCACAUCGGACAUCAUCACUCGCAUUGUCCGGGACUAUGAUGUGUAUGCAAGACGGAACCUACAGAGGGGCUACACAGCAAAGGAGCUCAAUGUCAGCUUUAUCAACGAGAAGAAAUACCAUUUGCAGGAGCGAGUUGACAAAGUAAAGAAGAAAGUGAAAGACGUGGAGGAGAAGUCAAAAGAAUUUGUUCAGAAAGUAGAAGAAAAAAGCAUUGACCUCAUUCAGAAGUGGGAGGAGAAGUCCCGAGAAUUCAUUGGCAGUUUCCUGGAAAUGUUUGGUCCAGAGGGAGCACUGAAACACAUGCUGAAAGAGGGAAAAGGCCGGAUGCUGCAGGCCAUCAGUCCCAAGCAGAGUCCCAGCAGCAGCCCAACUCGUGAGCGCUCCCCUUCCCCCUCCUUCCGAUGGCCUUUCUCUGGCAAAACCUCCCCACCUCGCUCCCCAGCAAAUCUCUCCAGGCACAAGUCUGCAACCUAUGACAUCAGUGAGGACGAAGAGGACUGACACGCUCCACCCUCCUUCCUCUCCCCCACCCUGCCCAUCACAUUCGGAAGCUCUCUGUUGAAUUCCAAAUUGCGAGCCCAACACUAAACCCAAGGACAGCUACAAUGGAGAGACGAUUGGGGCACGAGGACCUAGAUAUGGGGGAACCCAAGCAGUCUAUCCUCUAAGAGACAUCAAGCACCCACACCGUGAAGGGGCUGACUAUACCUUAGAAGCCUGUUCUGAAUCAUCUACCCUCCCCAGGACUUUGCUUUACUGUAUAUGUUCAUGUGAUCUUGACAGGGAAAUUGUCAUUUUUAUUCAUUUUUUUAAAAAUUAGUCUUUCAAAUAUAGUAAAUAGAACUAAUUUUUUGCCCCUGAGGAGUGGGCAGAAGAAGGAAGUGGUGUAAUGCCCAGAGGCCUUUUCUUCCUAAUAACACUGUAGUGUUUGCCUUCUGUUCUGAAGCAAAGCAGCUUGCCAAGUCCUUCAGGCGUCCAGACAUGCUGAUGGGUAAUAUGGGGGGAAUAUCAUACUUUCGGUUUCUUUAAGAAAAAGCAAAAUUUGAAUUACAGUCACAAAUCCCCUAAAUAUACUGCCAACACGUGUCAGUGUGGCUGAGGAAGGAAGAGAUCUGAGCCCAACGUUUCUUACUCCCUGCGGAGUUUCUCAUUGAACCCAGUGGGGUCCAUGAAGACACUGAUGGGGAUGGAACUAGACCACAUGCAUCAACUACAGUUUUUCUGCUGUGUUCAUCUCAGAAAAUUCUGUUGCCCAGUUAUUUGGGAGCUCUUAUCAAUCUUUAUUCUGCAGUCUACCUUUGUAAAAGAAGAAAUACUUUUAGGGUUACUGUGAUUGAGGAAGGGAGCAGGACAAUACUCAGUCCAAAGUGAGAUUAGACUCAGUUCCUGCUGGGAGUAAACCCAGGCCCUGCCUCUCCUGUUCCAAUGCCAUUGACUAGCUUUCUACAGAGGACACUGUAAAUGUCUGCAGUUGGAACCUGAUCUGUUAAUCCCCUUACUCACAGGCAUACCGAAUGUGUAGAGAUUUGUACAGAACAGAGACGCGAAAGCAUGGGGAACACCUUCCUUUCUAAAGCAACAGCCUUAUCUUGACUGCUACCCCUCCCAAGAACAGCUCUUCCCUAGAACCAGUGCUCCACGGUGUUUCUUUUCCUUGGAGAGCUGCCCUGGCAGGACUUCCUUCCACCCUCCUCCAGCCUCGAAGCAUGGGUUGACAUUACAAGAGUAUGGUGGGUUCUCUCCCUCUUUCCUUGGAGUGCCUAGUGGUUAUGGUCCCAUCUCUCCUGACAGGUUGCCCAGGGGGAUUCUGCGCUUGAAUUUCAAAUCAGAGAGUGCUGAGGCUUAACACUUGCUGUUGAGCUUGAUCUCUUAACCCCCUAUAUCCUGUCUUCUCAGAAACAUCACCCAGCAGAUCAUCAACCACCAGUAAUCCUAUAGCUAGAUUCAGGAGGAAAUUGCUUAUGUCCAGGCCCCACCCCCAUCACUCAUAAAUACCCCUUGUGGGGGUGAAGUUUUAAUGUUUUCAGCUAAGAAAACCACAAUUUCUCAUUCUCACCCCUCUGCUAGGACUGUGGGCGUCUCAUAGUCCCCUCCCUAAGCAGUUUCUAGUAGAACCAGCCCUCUGCCUGAGGGUCAGCGGCUAGACUCCCUGCCCACCUGCACGGCUGGACAACCUGGGUUCUUAAAUCUGAUUACCCAGAUGAGCAGAGCAUGGCAGAGGAGAGGGCCAAAAAGGGGAGGGGGACUUCUUGUCCUAAUAGCCUAGGGGAAUUACAUUUCUAAUUCUCCUCAUGAAGUGCUAUUUUUACUAUAAAGUCUGGUUCACAAAACUCUGGCUUGGAAUCCUUUCCUUGAAACAGCCGAAGUUGACGUUUCCCACAUUUUCUAGCUCCACAUGAUUGUGUAACUUAGCGUUUCUACUUCAGUCUUCCGUCUUUGGGAAUUCUGCCUCUUUCUGUCUGACUUCCUCUCCCUGGAAUAGAAAGGCGAUGAACUAUGCUGAAGCCCACCUUCCCCUUCCUUUGAAGUACACGCUAACCACGUGGAUUUGACGGGAAGGGAGAUGCUAGAAUGUGCCUUCCUGCAGUCCCUCUGAAGUAUCUCGUCUGGGUCCCCAGUGUGCGUGCCUUCCGCCUCUGCUCUCACAGCUGCCUGGGGGCAGCAUCUGCAUGUUCUUGGAGGACUUCCUUACCCCUUUGGCUGAGGGUCUACUGCCUCCGUCUCUUAACACUAGUACAUGUUCAGAUAAUUUUGGCAGAAAGCAGAACUUUUUAUGGUGCGGCAAGCCAGGUACUUUGGGGUGAAUGUGAUCCUAGAACUUGGACAAGUGUGGCUGUAUGGAGGGAGGUGUUGGAAUGACAUGAUUGGAUCGUUUGUGCCUAAUUAAAUAAGGUCAGAAAUUCAAACGCCACAACUAUGCCUGUGAUCUGUACAUCCUCAGAUACUGACGCGUGAGGCCGUGCAGCUGUGCUCUGAACUCCCACACAAGGAAGCAGUCAGCCUCGAUGGGCCAAAUGUGACAGGGAUUAGAGUCGGCCUUAAAGUGAGCCUUAGCUGGUCGCUGAGACGGAGCUGUCUGAAAGAAAAAGGGAGGGUGAGGCAGCGCCCGUGGUGCUGAGGAGGUGCCGUAGCCGUCACCUGCAGGUGGAUGGGGCAGAAAGUUUGCUCUGUUCAUACAUCAGACUCAGGCACUGAAAAACAGAGGCUGAAUUUCAGGGGGUCCUCGUGCUGCUGCAGCUGCUUCUGAUACCUAGAGCCAAGGACCAGGAUUUUGUGGAGACUUGGAUAAGAAGGUUGGGGUGUGAGGAGGCCGAACAUCCUGAAGAAGGAAACAAAGACGAGGGGGGCCGAGAACACUUUGGCCCCUUUUGAUUGCUAGUAACUUCCUAGGCAGCAUCUGAGUCACACUAUGAGAUGUGUGGCCACGUAGCUUGUUAGGCUGUCCCUAGACAGUGGUUCUUCGCAGUACUCUGGAGUGUCUUGACUUGUGGGUGGUUUAUCUUCUGGAGCUCAUUGCCUUUUUAAUCCUGUUUCAGAUCCUCCCUCUAAAAGCUUUCCAAGUCAAUUAUAUUUUGUGCUUUUUUUAAUUCCCUAAAAGCCAUAGCUUCUGGAUUUUCUGUCAGCAUACACUGUCCCCAGGUAGGAAGAAAGAGUUCCCCUAACAAUGUUUUUAAUGCUAUUUUUUAAAGCUUACCAAUGCAAGUAUUUUUUAAGGUUAUAUUUUUCGAAGUCAUAACAAUGAUUAUUUUUGGUUCCUCUCAUAGAAUAGUUUGUCGUGGGAUUAAAGAGUGGUCCCUAGCUUCUAUUUUUCCAAAGAAAUAAGUAGGACACAUUCUUGGGAUUAUACUAUUAAAUGUUACUGAUGUUCUUUCAAAAGAAAGAAGAAAUCUUUUCUGUCUACCGAAGGUUUAUGUUAGGACUGGGAUUGGGGCAGAAAGGAAAAGCACCAGGUUUAGGUGGUGCUUCAGGUGACUCAGUUGUGCUCCUUUAGGUUUGAAGUGGCCCUUCCUUCUGUUCUUUGGGAGGUGCUGCCUGUUUUGAACACAGACUUGACUGGUUGGGUUGUUCUGUAUUGAGGGUCGUGAAGAGAAAGAAGAGUCAUAAGCGCUGGCCAUCAUGGAUGUUUGCCCAUCACCAAUGCAAGUCUACAGGGAGGCUGUCCUCAACUGGGGCUCACCAUGCUGUUCUGUCUGUUAUUGAUUUGUUCAGAGUUAUUUUGGCUUUUGUCAUUUAGCCAAAUAAAGGCACUGCAGUUUUACCUGA